AUGCCACCUCCAACCCCCACCUAUCUCGCCUACCAGCACGACGCAAAACUCCUACACCUAGAAACAACCAUCCAAUCCAUCCAACCCUUCUCCGACCUCGACGAAGCAAACAAGACCCUCUUCAAAUCCCCGGGCGAGAAUGACUUGAUCCUCGUAACAAAAGAAACCAUCUUCCACCCACAAGGCGGCGGCCAACCCUCCGACGAAGGCUACAUCUUCCCCGCAGGAACAGAUCCCAGCACGAGCAACAAUCCAGAAAAAGCCCUCCUCCAAGUCCUCGCCGCACGCAUGGACGCUACAAACAACGGCCAAGUCCUGCACCUGGUCCGGCCCAUGCCCAACACAACCACGCCCCUCCAAUCCCUAACACCCACCACGCCCAUCCUCCAAUCCAUCGACGCCCAAAAACGCCUCCUAUACUCCCGCCUCCACACAGCCGGCCACGUCCUAGGCUCUGCAGUCCGCCACCUCCUCGAAUCCUCAAUCCCAAACUUCGACGAACUAAAAGCCUCGCAUUUCCCUGAUAGCGCAUCCUGCGAGUUCCGCGGUAGUAUACCCGGCGAACACAAGGCUGCGAUCCAAGCGCGUGUGGAUGAGUAUAUUGCGCGGGGGAUGCCGGUGGAGAUUGAGUUUUGGGGGGAAGAGGACUUUGAGAGGGAGGGUGUGCCGCAUCUUCUUCCUGAUAGGGGACUGUUGGCGCCUGGGGAGAGCAAGUUUCGGGUUGUGAGGAUUGUUGGAGCGGAGGUUUAUCCUUGUGGAGGGACGCAUGUUGAUACGACGGAUUUGUGUGGGGGGACUGUUGUGAAGAAGAUUUCCAGGAGUAAGGGGAAUAGUCGGGUUAGUUAUGCUGUUGUAUAG